GAAACAAGUUGUGUUCUUCCACAACCCUUGGCUCCUUGCAGCGCCAAAUCCCCAACGUCUCUCUCUUUCACUUUCUUCUUUUAUUGCCAUUCAUCUUCUUCAUCACACCACCAACCCACCGGAGCAACCUCCCCCGAAGUUAUGGUUACCUCCUUUUCAGCAAAGUAAACAUGACCAACCAACACCCAUCAUGGAGUUGGUCAUUUCCGCCAUAAAAUCUGCUUCUUACAAGACCCAUCUUCUUCAAUUACACGCUCAUAUUCUCCGCACAUCUCUUGCUGAACACCCUGCAGUUUCUCUUCACUUCUUGAACCGUGUUGCUCUCUCUGGCCCAUUGCAGGACCAUAGCUAUUCCCACCGUUUCUUCCAGAGCUUUACUUCCCCUUUUGUUUCUCAUUACAAUACCAUGAUCAGGGCCUCUUCUAUGAGCGAUUCACCCCAAAAGGGUCUCUUAUUGUAUCGAGAUAUGAGGAGAAGAGGUGUUUCUGCAGACCCAUUAUCUUCCUCUUUUGCUAUUAAGUGUUGUAUCAGGUUCCUGUGUCUUUUUGGAGGGGCACAGGUUCAUUGCAAUGUCUUCAAAGAUGGACACCAAUCAGAUAGCCUUUUGCUCACUUCUCUCAUGGACUUGUAUUCACAGUGUCAGCAAUGUCAUGAUGCAUGCAAGGUGUUUGAUGAGAUUCCCCAGAGGGAUACCAUUGCUUGGAACGUCAUGAUCUCUUGCUUAAUUCGUAAUAAACGGAGUCGGGAUGCUCUGAAUUUGUUUGAUGCCAUGCAGAGCUCAAAGUAUGGAUGUGAACCUGAUGAUGUUACUUGUUUGCUUCUUCUUCAAGCUUGUGCUCAUUUGAAUGCCUUGGAAUUCGGUGAACGAAUUCAUAGAUACAUCAUGGAACAUGGUUAUGGUGCUGCUCGCAAUUUGUCUAAUUCUCUGAUAUCUAUGUAUUCUCGGUGUGGUAGUUUAGAUAAGGCUUAUGAGGUAUUCAAGGGAACUUGCAAUAAAAGUGUGGUUUCAUGGAGUGCGAUGAUUUCUGGUUUGGCAGCUAACGGAUAUGGGAUAGAAGCAAUUGAAGCAUUUCAAGAGAUGCAGAGAUUGGGGAUUUGUCCUGAUGAUCAGACAUUCACUGGAGUGCUGUCUGCUUGCAGUCAUUCUGGAUUGGUUGAUGAGGGGAUCUCAUUUUUCAACCGCAUGAGUCGAGAGUUUGGGAUUACACCCAACAUUCAUCAUUAUGGCUGCAUGGUUGAUCUCUUCGGUCGCGCUGGUUUACUUGAUAAGGCCUAUCAACUGAUUACCUCAAUGGCUGUGAGGCCAGAUUCAACAAUAUGGAGGACCUUGCUUGGAGCUUGCAGAAUUUAUGGCGACGUUACACUUGGCGAACGAGUUAUUGAACACUUGAUUGAAUUGAAGGCUCAAGAAGCCGGGGAUUAUGUUUUGCUCCUGAAUAUUUAUUCUUCAGCUGGUCACUGGGACAAGGUAGCAGAAGUGAGAAAACUUAUGAAAGAAAAAUCAAUCCAAACAACACCUGGUUGUAGCACAAUUGAGUUGAAAGGAACAGUACAUGAUUUUGUUGUCGAUGAUGUUUUGCACCCAAGAAAAAGCGAGAUUUAUAAGACGCUGAAUGAGAUCAAUAAGCAGCUGAAGAUUGCAGGUUAUGUUGUUGAGCCUUCAUCUGAGUUACAUAAGAUAGAUGACAAAGAAAAGGGUUAUGUGCUCUCUUAUCACAGUGAAAAGUUGGCUGUUGCUUUUGGGGUUCUUGCUACUCCACCAGGCACAACACUGAGAGUGGCCAAUAAUCUCCGACUAUGUGUUGAUUGCCACAAUUUCCUGAAAACAUUUUCCUGGGUUUACAACCGUGAUGUGGUCCUUAGGGACCAUAAUCGGUUUCACCACUUCCGUGGAGGGCUCUGCUCCUGUAAUGAUUAUUGGUAAAGGUAACCCUUGAGCUUGUCAUAGGUUUGCAAAACCAAACACUAAUUUUGUGAAGUUUCUCUAAAGACAUACUUCAAAUGGAGCACUCCCCUCAAGGCAAGUUUUCUGAAACCAAACGGCAAACACCACCUUUAGCAAAGCUUUGCCUCUGAUGCAGAUAUGGUUGGCUUUAUUCAGAACUAAGCACCAUUCACUUGUUAGUCUAUAAAACCAAGGGGCUUAUCUGAAUUUGUCUCAAGCUGUUGAGUUGAUCACUUUGUAUAUGACUGUCCUAUUAAGUGAGGCACAUGGUGAUGAUAUUGGAUACUUGCCACUCAGACAUGAAGGAGGAUAUUUGUGUUUGCCACUUGAUGGGUUUGGUAGUGGCAUUUUCGAGAUAUUUUGUUCAUACUGAGGAUGUUUAUCUAGGAUUUGUCGACAUAAAGAAGAGGUUAUUAUUAGACAUGCAGCAAGGAAGGCGUCUCCAGUACUCUCAGGCAAUUCUUUUGAGUACCUCUUACUUUUGAAUGAUUAUGACUAUAUUCAACAAACAAUUUUCUUUUUAGUAAGUCCAUAUAGUUAUGUCUCCAGUACUCUCAGGCAAUUCUUUUGAGUACCUCUUACUUUUGAAUGAUUAUGACUAUAUUCAACAAACAAUUUUCUUUUUAGUAAGUCCAUAUAGUUAUGCAAACGUAACAGCAAUAAAUCAAUGGUCCUACUAUUAUUCCCAAAUGAUUUUCUGCACAUUUACUGUUUUGAGUGAAAUUCCAAGUACACAGGAAAUAUCUGAGCAUAGCCCUUA